UGUGUCUCGUCAGUUAGACCCAAAGAUGUGAAUUUCAUCUUUCUCUCCACUGCACUAUCCCUAUUCGUCCACCUUUUCCUUUUUUAAAUUUUUUAAUGAUCAUUUCUUGCUAAAAACACCCAAGAAUUCCUCUGGAACCGAGAUCAAUCUCAAUCAUCAUGUCAGUUGAUAGAGCCACUGAUUCAGCUGAAGGCUCCUCACGAUCCACCGGUAACCACCACAAUCAACCUCAGCCGACGCCUCCCCUGAGCCGGUACGAGUCACAGAAACGGCGCGACUGGAACACUUUCGGACAGUAUUUGAAGAACCGGAGACAACCGAUUGCACUAUCACAGUGCAACAGCAACCAUGUUCUUGAUUUCCUCAGAUAUCUAGAUCAGUUCGGGAAGACAAAGGUUCACCUACGCGGUUGCGUCUUUUUCGGACAACCUGACCCGCCCGCUCCUUGUACUUGUCCACUAAGGCAAGCCUGGGGGAGCCUUGAUGCACUGAUCGGACGCCUAAGAGCUGCUUAUGAAGAGCAUGGCGGGUCUCUGGAGACUAACCCUUUUGGAAACGGAGCAAUCCGGGUUUAUUUGCGUGAAGUGAGGGACUGUCAAGCGAAGGCCAGAGGGAUUCCUUACAGGAAGAAAAAGAAGAAGAAGACUCAAAUUCAACCCAACGUUGACCAGCCUAUUCCAUCUUCCAAGCAGCAGCCCUCCUCCGCCUCGCUAGCUGCCUAGGAUCUUCCGAUUCUUCACCUAAAUGAAAUUAUAAUAUGACAAGAAGCAAAGCAUGGCAGGAUGAAGGGAAAGGAUUUAAUAGGAGAAAAAUGAGGAGGCAAAGGAGUAUGAAGUUCAGUUUAGAGCUGAUACUGCUACAGCUUUAAUUCAUGUAAUGGUUUUUGCAUGAAGUAGUACCCUAAUAUGUUGUUGUCAUCGUACGUCUUAGUAAAGCUUAAUAUAUGUGGGUGGAACGGUUGUUAGGUCUCAGAUACUUUGUAAGUUAUAUACAAUUAUUCUACAAUUACGUCUGAUGAACUAGACGUAUAAAUUAUUAAUUAAGGAUAUAGAAACAUAAACUACCUCAA